GUGUUCCUGACGGCGCAGCUCCGGCUGCGGAGCCGCCUCACUGACCGCUGCUGGCGGGUCCGGGAGGUGCUGCAGCACGCGCGGCACUUUCGGGGAAGGAAGAAUCGGUGCUACCGGCUGGCGGUCAGAGCGGUGACCAGAGCGUUUGUGAAAUGCACAAAAGCGCGACGACUGAAGAAGCGGAACAUGAGGACACUCUGGAUUAAUCGAAUUACAGCUGCUUCCCAGGAACAUGGCCUGAAGUACCCAGCAUUCGCUGUCAAUUUAAUCAAGUGCCAGGUGGAGCUCAACAGAAAAGUACUCGCGGAUCUAGCCAUCUAUGAACCAAAGACUUUUAAAUCUUUGGCUGCUUUGGCCAAAAGGAGGCGAGAGGAAGGAUUUGCUGCUGCCCUGGGGGAUGGGAAGGAGCCUGAAGGCAUAUUUUCCAGAGUGGUGCAGGAUCACUGAGGGGGAUUCCAACACUGUGCUGCUCUUUGCAGCUGACUGUCUUAGGAAAAGGUUUUCCCCUCGAUGAUCACAGUAACUAAAAUAGUAGCUAAAACUUAGUUGUCAACAGUGUGUGAUCACCAGUCAUAUUAAUUGCAUUUUAGUAAAGGGCUUGAGAAAGACUCCUUCCCUCAUUGAGACAGAUUCAGAAAUUUUACACAGACUGUGCAAAUAAAACUCAUGUGGUGUAAAGCGUU